GCCGUAUGUAGUGGGCUGGAUGAGGCUGAAGAAGUAGGCAGAGACGGAGUAAGACGGAGCCUGCAUGUGUGGUAAGGCUGCUUUAGUCAGCAAAGUUUUAGUCGUCAGUGACAAAAAUCCACCUAAGGAAAAAGGGAAGCCUUUAUUGGCUCGGAAACUAAACGUUCCGGGCUCUUCCUCUCAAAGAUGUCACUGAGUUGUGAACCCUCUCUGUCUCACGGUUGCUCUCCUCCGGCUGGCCUGUGUGAUGUGGUCCUCGGAUCCCCUUUGUGACACAGAGGCCGAAGACUGGACUGGAGGGGAAUGGGCAGGGCUAACUGAUAAGGGCCGCUCUUGAAAGUUGCCUUCUCUUCGGGCCAGGUCUAGGCGUCCCCACCUGAGGCCCCCUGGGGGAGGGCAGGAGGUUGGCCUCUGAGAGAGCUUAUGGAGGCGGAGAACGGGACAGGUGUGUGUGUGGGGGGGGGGGGGGGAGGGGUUCUGUUUCCACACUCGCUUUUUUAAAACGGCAAGCCCAGAGUCCCCUGUCUCUUUGAGGACCUGAAAUGCCUUUGCUCGGCGGCAUCCUCGUCCUUCCAGAGAGGCAGGACCGUUUGGAUUGGUGAGAGCGAACAAGGAGGGCGGCAACGCCAAGAGCUCCUCCCGAAUCCCGCCCCCUCGUUCCGGCGCUGGGUGCCCGGGUGCUGAGCGGCUCCAGAGCUGCUGGGGGCAGAGGGCCGCCCGCUUCCGCCCCGCGCACACGCGGCCUGGGCAGAAGCACGUCCCACCUGGGGACCCCCUUUCUUUCUGGGCUCCGGCGCUUCCGCCUCCGGGGCGGAGACUCCUCCCCUCUCCGUCCCAGUCGCCUUCCCGGGGAGAGCGGCCCGAACAGCCUCCGCCCGCCGGCCCCCUCCCGCAGCCCGGCCGCCCCGGCCCUCGCGGCUUCAGCACCGCGGACAGCGCCCCGCCCGCGGCAUGGCCCUGCGCUCCGGCCCCGCCGCGCUGCUGCUCGGCUGCGGCCUCCUCGGGCUGCGCGCAGGCGUCUGGGGUACUGACACGGAGGAGCGGCUAGUGGAGCACCUCCUAGAUCCUUCCCGGUACAACAAGCUCAUUCGCCCAGCCACCAAUGGCUCUGAGCUGGUGACCGUUCAGCUCAUGGUGUCGCUGGCCCAGCUCAUUAGUGUGCAUGAGCGGGAACAGAUCAUGACCACCAAUGUCUGGCUGACCCAGGAAUGGGAAGAUUAUCGCCUCACCUGGAAGCCUGAGGAGUUCGACAACAUGAAGAAGGUUCGGCUCCCUUCCAAGCACAUCUGGCUGCCGGAUGUGGUCCUAUACAACAACGCCGACGGCAUGUACGAGGUGUCCUUCUAUUCCAACGCCGUGGUCUCCUAUGACGGCAGCAUCUUCUGGCUGCCGCCCGCCAUCUACAAGAGCGCCUGCAAGAUCGAGGUGAAGCACUUCCCCUUCGACCAGCAGAACUGCACCAUGAAGUUCCGCUCGUGGACCUACGACCGCACGGAGAUCGACUUGGUGCUCAAGAGUGACGUGGCCAGCCUGGACGACUUCACGCCCAGUGGCGAGUGGGACAUCGUGGCGCUGCCGGGCCGGCGCAACGAGAACCCGGACGACUCCACGUACGUGGACAUCACGUACGACUUCAUCAUCCGGCGCAAGCCCCUCUUCUACACCAUCAACCUCAUCAUUCCCUGCGUGCUCAUCACCUCGCUGGCCAUCCUCGUCUUCUACCUGCCGUCCGACUGCGGCGAGAAGAUGACGCUGUGCAUCUCCGUGCUGCUGGCGCUCACCGUCUUCCUGCUGCUCAUCUCCAAGAUCGUGCCGCCCACCUCGCUGGACGUGCCGCUGGUGGGCAAGUACCUCAUGUUCACCAUGGUGCUGGUCACCUUCUCCAUCGUCACCAGCGUGUGCGUGCUCAACGUGCACCACCGCUCGCCCACCACGCACACCAUGGCGCCCUGGGUCAAGGUCGUGUUCCUGGAGAAGCUGCCCGCGCUGCUCUUCAUGCAGCAGCCGCGCCACCGCUGCGCCCGCCAGCGCCUGCGCCUGCGGCGGCGCCAGCGCGAGCGCGAGGCGGGCGCCCUCCUCUUCCGAGAAGCCCCCGGGGAGCCGGCGGGCCCGGCGCAGAGCUGCGGGCUCCGCGCGGCGGUGGACGGCGUGCGCUUCAUCGCGGACCACGUGCGCAGCGAGGACGACGACCAGAGCGUGAGCGAGGACUGGAAGUACGUCGCCAUGGUGAUCGACCGUCUCUUCCUGUGGAUCUUUGUCUUCGUCUGUGUUUCCGGCACCAUCGGCAUGUUCCUGCAGCCUCUCUUCCAGAACUUCUCCGCUGCCUCCUUCCUGCACGCGGACCGCUCGGCGCCCAGCUCCAAGUGAGGCCCUCCCCGGCCCGCGCUCCUUCGGCUCCUUCGCCCGUGCCCUCUGUUGCCAGUAGUUGGGGCGGAGGUGGGACAAGUGAGCAGGGGGCGGGGAGGGGGGGAGGCUGCCGCGGAUCCAUUCUUGCCCGCCCCCCCGGGCCCCUCCCCAGCACCUGUGGCGGCACACGGCGGCCGGCCUGUCCCCUUGCACCGGCCAGGCAGGCUGGUGGGGCACGAAGGCUGACGAGGGAGAAUGGGGAUGUGGGCCUUCCACGCCGAGGGAGGAGUGGCAGGGUGGGGCCGACUCCGGCUGACCUGAUGGAGGGCCACCCGGCCUUUCGGGCGCAGGGAGGGAGGGGCCGGGGGCGGGCCUGAGUGUGGCCCGAUGGGUGGACAGCGCCUGGGCUGGGGCGUCUGCGGGCGGGGGUGGGGGCUCACCUGGCGCUGUGGUCGGAUUCCUGGGAGGGGGGGGCCUGCAGCCCAGCCCCACAGCCCUCCGCUCCUAAGGGGCCCCGGAGCCCCAGCUCCCUCUGCACCCCUUCCUUGCUCAGGCCAGGGUGUGGGGGGCAAGGCUGGGUAUCGGGGGAGCCUCUGAGUUCUGAGGGUGCGCAGUGCGAGCUCGCCGGCUGCUUCUGGCCCCCUGAACUGACCGGGCGUUUGGAGUCAGGAAACCAAAGCUGUCGGCCUUAAGCUGACCCAGCCUCUGUGCCCUCCGCAGAGGGCGCCGGGCAGGAAGCGGUGGCGCCGCCCCAGCCCUCCCCCGCCGGCCAGACCCGAGCUGGGGCGAGGCACGCCGCGUUGCCGCCUCCGGCUCCUCACGGGGCAUGGUCUUUGCCUCUGUCCCUGGGCCCCCGGAGGCCGUGUUCGCUCCCUGCUCCCAGCGACCAGCUGGGGACCCCCUGGCCUCUCAGCCCCGUCAACAGGCCUCCGAUGGGCCUCCUGCCCCCAUCCCUGCCACGGGAGUGGCUCCGAUUUGCGGUCCCAGCCCGUCCUCGGUGCCACGGAGGGGUCAGUCCGCCCGGUGUAGCCAAAGGGCCGGCCGGCACGCCGUGCUGUCCUCCGCAGCCCAGCCGGCCUCCCGCUUCGGCAGGCACGGCAGAGGCGGGGGCGGUGCCAACGGGUGGGGGCCCACAUGGCACAGGCCAUGGGGCCAGACGGGCUCAGCGUGGGUUCUAGUCCUGGCCCACCACCUGCUCGCUCGGCCACGGGAACAAGUCUGUUCGCCCUGCUGGGCCUCGGAGCCCUCAUCUCCACCAUGGGGGCGGGACUGCCUCUUCGGGGGGGGGGGGGGGGGGGGAG